AUGACGACAAAAAUCAAUACUGCAUCAUCGACUGGAGCAACUACUCAAAAACACAAGAGUACACCAGUAAUACAAACUGCAACAGCAUCAUACAUGAGCACAAUCAUAUCAACAAUGGCUUCUACUCCAACUGAUACAUCCACUACACCUACAUGCACAACAUUUAUUACUUUUGAUGAUAUUUCUGAUCAAUCGACUCUGUCUAUUCCUAUACCUAAUGGUUAUAAAAAUCUUAAUUGGAUCAAUGCUGAGGUUAUACAACCAGCUCUAUUACCGUAUCAGAGUGGUUAUCCGCAAGGAGUUUGUUCUCCACCAUUUGUAAUGCAUAAUCCGACUGGUGAACAAAUGAUCAUUUCAUCAACAGGUAGUAAUCAAUUUUUCUUUAAUAGCCUAUAUAUAACAAGUGCUUGGCGUAAUUCUCUUAUUAUUACAAUGAUAACUCUCAAAGCUGGACAAAUCACAUCAACUAAAACAAUUACAGCGAUGACUACAAAUACAACAUAUGUCCAUUGCAGCCUUUCCACGAGUAUUGAUACUAUAUUAUUGCUAGCAAAUGGUGGUAUUCCUAUGGCAAAUUUCACACAAAAUGGAACUCAAUUUGUUAUUGAUAAUUUAUGUAUCACAUUUGAAAAUUAA